ACACUCUUCCUUCUCAAACCAGACCUUCAAAUUCCACCAUGAAUUAAACCCAGAACCCAGAACCCAUCUCCCAUUUCCACUUCCAAAACCCACGUACCCUUAAACCCUAAACCCCCAAUUUUCCACCAUGAGACGCCACCUCAUCUCCUCCUCCUCUUCUCCUCUCUUCUCUCUCCAAAUCACCCACCUCCUCUUAUCCUCCUCAAGGCACUUCAGCUCUUACUCUUCUCCAAGACGAGACGAUGAGAUUCGCAACGUGAGGGUUUCGGUAUGGUGGGACUUCGAGAAUUGCAAUUUGCCGUCCACCGUCAAGCCCUUCAAGAUCGCCGGCACCAUCACGGCGGCGCUCCGGGCCAAUGGGAUCAAGGGUCCCAUUCAAAUCACUGCCUUUGGGGACAUGUUUCAGCUCUCUAGAGCCAACCAGGAGGCCUUGUCCUCUACAGGGAUUAGUCUCAAUCAUGUUCCUAGCGGUGGAAAGAACAGUGCAGAUAGGUCUCUCUUGGCAGAUCUUAUGUACUGGGUGUCUCAGAAUCCCCCACCAGCACAUUUAUUUUUAAUUUCUGGAGACAGAGACUUUGCUAGCAUUUUACACAAGUUAAGAAUGAACAACUAUAAUAUAUUGCUAGCCACUUUAGACAAUGCUCCUGGUGUCCUUUGUAGUGCUGCAAGUAUCAUGUGGCCAUGGCAUGAUCUGCUUAUGGGUGACAAUCUCACAGGAAGGUAUUUCAACCAACCGCCUGAUGGUCCCUAUGGUUCAUGGUAUGGCCAUUACAAGGCGCCUCUUGAAGACCCAUUCUCAUCCACUGAGCAGCCAGCAGUUUCCCAGUCUGAAAGGCUACCUGAACCUGGUUCUGAUUCUAAACUUCAAAUGAUUCCUACUGGCUCAGAGUCUAAGCCUUCUGCAAUUCCUAAAACUCUUGUCGAGCUGAUUCGCAAUAUAUUGAAGUCACACCCUAAAGGAAUGUCCGUUUCUGAACUUCGCGAGCAGUUGGAAAAAUAUAAUGUGAGCUUGGAAAGACCGUUCUAUGGCUAUAAUAAGUUAUCCUGCUUUCUUGCAUCAAUGCCCGAUAUUUUGAGGCUCAGGCCAGUAGGUUCUGGAAAUUUUAUGAUACACGGUGUUACCCCAAAAUCAGCUGAGUCAUUCAUGCGGAAUCCUGGUGAUAGUGAUAAUGGACAGCGGCGGGAUUGUGCUCCUGAACCAAAGUUGGAGGAGCCUUGUCAAGAAUUGCAACAACCCAUUUUACUGGAUAGUACUUGUACUAGUCCUGUAGAUGGCAAGUCACUGUCACCUCCUUCGCCUGAGAAACUUUCUUCCAUUGAUGGGAAGUCACUAUCCCCUCAUUCUCCUGAUCAUAUGAAGCCUCUACUGGCGCCCAUUGAUGAAAAAGGUGUUGAAGUAGCUGAGGCACAAGAAACUGAGCCUGAUUUGCCUCCUGCGGUUGGACAAGAUUUUGAGUCUGAUGUUGGUUAUUUUAAGAGGAUUUGGAGAAAGUGGUUUGGCAGUAGAGUUGAUGUUUCAGGUACUAGCUGCAACAAUGAAGAACAAAUUCACACUUCUGGAGAGGGUACCGAGAAGGAAGGUCAUGAAACUCUGGAGAAACAUUGUACGAACGUUAAUAACUGUGGAAACGGAACACUUGAGGAACAGACAUCUAGGUGUCAGCUUGUUGAUUCAGUACCUCCAGCCUCAUCAUCUUCAUCCCAUAAUGAAUCUUCUGUAGACAGCAAAACUGCGACAAGCUAUGAAGUGAAUGCUGAUAAAUCACAUCCAGGGCUUUUUAACCAGAUAGUGCAGAGGUGUAAAUUUUGGAGAAGUAACCCGAGUGAUCAAUCCUGUGACAAAGCGAAGUUGAUGGAAUCUCACUCUCAAGAGCAUGAGCUCUUCUCUAUUUCUUUUUGGGGAGAUUUGGAAUCAUUUAUGGGCACACCUAAAGGAUCAGUUAUUAUCUCUGAAUCAAGGACCAGGGAAGAGAUGGCUCUCAAUCUUCAAAAGGAAGGGCCUUUGGUUCUUAGAUCUCUCGCGAAGUGUGAUCUCCUUCAGUUGGUAGAUUUGUUAAUAUCAGAAAAGAAAUGGGUGGAAGAAUUCCCCUCCCAAACAUCACCAUUCAAACCUCCUCAACGUGAUGGAGAGACGUCUCUGAAUCAUUCCCAUCCUUCAGGUAGGCUGAGUUCCAUCUUUUCUAAUAUACCAUCCAGAGAUGAAAUGCAGAGAUCACCAGGACCUGGAGAGGAAAAAUGUAAGAAUAUUCCUCAUACUGGAGUUUCACUACCUUCCGUCAAGAAUCGUCUCUCAAAUGAGUAUAGAAUUAAGAUACUAGCCGACUGCCAGAAGCUUGUAAACGAGAAGUUAAAGGAGUGCCCAAAUGGAUAUAACAUGGCAGUAUUCAGACAACAAUUCCUUGAUAGAUAUGGGUACCAUCUCGAUUUGAAAAUGCUUGGUUAUGGAAAGUUGGUGGAUCUACUACAAUCAUUGGAUGGAGUAAAAGUAGAUUCUACUUUCAUUGUUCCUUUUUCUAAGACUCCUGAAGCUUGUGAUAGGAAGACUGUUCCUGAAAUCAAAAAACAUAUGGCCAGUCAUCCAGUUUUUAAUUCAGAUAAUCAUUUUUCUGGUUCAAGAAAGGAAGAUAAUAAUGCCUCUCCGUGGGAUGAGCUGGGGCAGAUUACCAAAGCUGUCUAUAACAAGAAUGUUGUGGCAGUAGCACCAAGGAGGAAAAAAAUGAAAUCAACAGGUUUUGAUUAUGAACCAUCCCUUUCAGACAAUUCAGAUUCGGAUGGAGAGGCUUCGUCUGGAACUGCGCUGGAAGAACAAGGCAAGGGCAGAGUGAACAAGGUAGGCAGCUCUCUAUUGGAAAUCCUUGAUCAGUGGCAUGAAAAUAAGGGUAACUCAAAGACAGUUGAUUGCAGAAAGCCAUAUGCUUCACAUGGAGUCGGCACAAAUCUGGGAGAUCAUUCGCACAAGAGCUACAAUUUUGUUGCAGAACCACUUUGUGAUGAGAAAAGCAAAUCCAUUGAUGACAUACUAGGUACCAAAAGGAAAUUAAGUGAAUCAAGGAUGGAGAGCUAGAUACCAUAUACGAUUUGGCUAUUCAUCAGUUUCUAUGGCUUUAAUUAACAGAUUCGAUUUUGAUUAUUUAGUCAUAAUGCGGCUUGUAGUCGUAGAGUAGAUUUUGAAUGAUUGCCUAAUUUUCAGAGAUACUACUCUUGCCUUGUCAGCAUGAUUGGUUACUGAGAUUGUAUGAGUUCUUUUAUAUACUAGGAUUUGCACCCGCGUCC